AGCUCAGUUGAGCCGGGCUGAACCGAGCCGGGCAGAGCAGAGCCGGGCUGUGCAGGGAGGGACCGGGCUUAAACCAAGCCGAGCUGAACUGAGACGAACCGGACUGAGCCGAGCCGCGCUGCGCGGGCAGCAGGAAGGAAGGAGAAGAUCUCAUCAGAUCCAGGAUACAACUGGAACAACAACCUGCUGCAACCUGGCCGUGCGCUGAUGAAAAGUUGUUCUGGGUUUUGUAGUAGCCCCAGACUUUUGUACAAGGGGCUGAUGGAAACUCAUUGCUCCACACUGCUGGGGAGGAGAGAAGACACUCAAGCAAAAGGGUUCCUCUUGGUUCCUCAAGUUUUCCUCUCUCCUUGAUGGUCUUGCCUCCUGUGUCCUUGAACAGAGAGGCAGGUUUUGAAGUCAGCCUGGCCAGAGGAGCAGUUAUUUCUUCAGCUGAGAAAAACCUUUCCAUGCUGUCCACAACAGUGAUGAAAAGAGAAGCCCCUCUCAGAGACUGAACUUAUCUGUCAGGAGAAUACCAUUUACAGGACUUGUCAUGUCUCCCUUCCUGCGUAUUGGUUUGUCCAACUAUGACAGCGGCCCUUACCUGCCGUCCCAGGGGGAGGUGAUUAACCCCUACUGUGCUGUGAUGGUUAAAGAAGCCGUGGAGUCAGAGAAUGGCCAAGUGUACGUGCAGAAGAAGCCCACCAUGUACCCACCCUGGAACAGCACUUUUGAUGCCCACAUUAACAAUGGCCGGGUCAUGCACAUCGUGGUCAAGGAUAAAAGUGCUGAAAUGGUCUCAGAGACCACAGUGGAGCUCAAGGUGCUGGCAGAGAGGUGCAAAAAGAGCAAUGGGAAGACAGAGAUAUGGCUAGAACUGAAGCCUCAAGGGCGAAUGCUGAUGAAUGCAAGAUACUUCCUGGAAAUAAGUGAUGCGAAGGACCUGGCUGACUGUGAGACUGAAGGCUUCUUCUCCUUGCACCAGCGCAGGGGAGCCAUCAAGCAGGCCAAAAUCCACAACGUCAAGUGUCAUGAGUUUACAGCCACCUUCUUUCCACAACCCACCUUCUGCUCUGUGUGCCACGAGUUUGUGUGGGGUCUGAAUAAACAAGGCUAUCAAUGCAGACAAUGUAACGCUGCCAUUCAUAAGAAGUGCAUUGACAAAGUAAUAGCCAAGUGUACAGGAUCAGCAAUCAAUAGCAGAGAAACAAUGUUCCACAAGGAGAGGUUCAAGAUAGACAUGCCCCACCGCUUCAAAGUCUACAACUACAAGAGCCCCACCUUCUGUGAGCACUGUGGCACCCUCCUCUGGGGCCUGGCACGGCAGGGGCUGAAGUGUGAUGAGUGUGGCAUGAACGUCCACCACAAGUGCCAGACAAAAGUAGCAAAUCUUUGUGGAGUGAACCAGAAAUUAAUGGCUGAAGCUCUGGCAAUGAUAGAGAGCACUCAGCAGGCUCGCUGCCAGCGUGACAGUGAACAGAUCUCCAGGGAUGGACCUCUGGAAAUCGGCUUCCCUGUCCCUGUGAAGGAUGUGACACCACUUCAGGCCUUGCCAGCAUCCACAAAAAAAGAGCCACAAGGCAUCUCCUGGGAGACUCCAGUGGAGGGCACAGUGAAGGGGGAGUCUCUCAUAGAGUCAGACUUGGGAGGACAGUCCCAGGAACAGCAGGAGCACCAAGUGCAGUUAAAACUGACCAUUGAAGAUUUUGUCCUGCACAAGAUGCUGGGGAAGGGCAGUUUUGGCAAGGUGUUCCUGGCCGAGCUGAAGAGCACAGACCAGUAUUUUGCUGUGAAAGCCCUGAAGAAGGACGUGGUGCUGAUGGAUGAUGAUGUUGAGUGUACGAUGGUGGAGAAGAGAGUCCUCUCCUUGGCUUGGGAGCAUCCAUUCCUCACUCAUGUCUUCUGCACGUUCCAGACCAAGGAAAACCUCUUUUUUGUGAUGGAAUACCUCAAUGGAGGAGACCUCAUGUUCCAUAUCCAGAGCUGCCAUAAGUUCGACCUUCCCAGAGCAACGUUUUAUGCUGCUGAAAUAAUUUGUGGGCUCCAGUUCCUCCAUUCCAAGGGCAUAAUAUACAGAGACUUGAAGCUGGACAAUGUCCUCCUGGACAAUGAGGGGCACAUCAAAAUUGCUGACUUUGGGAUGUGCAAGGAGAACAUGUUUGGAGAUGCAAAGACAAGCACUUUCUGUGGGACUCCUGACUACAUUGCCCCUGAGAUACUGCUGGGGCAGAAGUACAACACCUCCGUUGACUGGUGGUCCUUUGGUGUCCUCCUGUAUGAGAUGCUCAUUGGCCAAUCCCCUUUCCACGGCCAAGAUGAGGAGGAGCUUUUCCAGUCCAUCCGUAUGGAUAACCCCUUCUACCCUCGCUGGCUGAACAAGGAUGCAAAGGACAUUUUGGUGAAGCUUUUCGUAAGAGAGCCUGAGAGGAGACUGGGAGCAAGAGGGAACAUCCGCCAGCACGCCUUUUUCCAGGAAAUCAACUGGGAAGCUUUAGAAGAGAGAAAGAUGGAGCCUCCUUUCAAACCAAGAGUGAAAUCUCCAAGUGACUGUAGCAACUUCGACAAGGAAUUCCUAAAUGAAAAACCCAGACUGUCCUGUGCUGACAGAGCACUGAUUAACAGCAUGGACCAAAAUAUGUUCAGCAACUUCUCUUUUGUGAACCCUAAAAUGGAGAAAAUAUUUUCCUGAGAUCUGCCUUACUGAAGGAAUUCUCUGUAAUAAUUUGAGUAGCACUUUGUCAACUGAAGACUGUGCAUGGUUAUUUUUAUCAAGAACCCUCCAGAAAGAAAGCACCUCAGUGAAAGUUUGUACUGUGUCUGGAGGCUUCUGACUUAUUCCAGUCUAUAGCAGAAGCCAGCCCACUCCUCAGUGAUGAUAAAGUUUCUUUGUGGUAUCUUUUGGUCUCUCUUCUCUCUCUUCCCAAUGCUCUGAAAAUGUGGAGUUGCCAAAAUGUGUUCCUCACUACUUGUACACAGAGCCAACAGGUUUCUCUGUAAGGAAAAAUAAGUAUAUUUGAGCUUCUGGUGAUGUCAGUGCCUAUUUCUGCAACUCUGACCCAGACCCACCUUUUUCUGAAGGAAAAGUGGUUUGAUCAAGGCCUGAGGGUGUCGCAGGAGACUCAGGUUGGAUGCUUUGGUAACCCCCACUUGUACAUGUGCAGAAUUGUCAAAGUGUGCACAGCUUUGAAGAAGAAAUUUGCUCCCUACACCCUUUAAAAAUGCUGUUCACAGGUGUUAGGACUCAAUUUUUUUCCAUGGGAUGAAGAGACUUUUUUCAGGUGCCCAUUCCACCAUCUGCACCUCUCAAUGGAUUGCUACCAAUGGAAGUGCCAAGUUUGGUACAGAAAACCAGAGGUUUACACUUAGUGCCGCCUGAGCAGGAAGAAUGAGAGGUUGCACAAUGCUUUGAGAACCCUAUUCUAAAGCUUUAAGUGUCUUCUCACACACCAGACUCAGGGCAAGAUCUCCAUGGGGCUUUCUGGCAUUUUAACCUAAAACCACAUGAGAAAAAUGCAAUAUGUUUUCUCAAACCAUUGUUUAAGCAUUGUAAAAGUGGCCUUCCAGUCACAGAAUUGGGGUAUUUCACUUGAAAUUUCACUAAUGGGUCCUCCAAAGGCUGAUUUAACUUUCUCUAAAUGAUGUCCCAGCUCUAUGGCACAGGUCAAUGAGCUGCACACGAUGGUCACAGGGCAGGAGGCACAUCAGGUGAGGGUGGCCCUCACCGCCACCUUGUGACAUUUUGCUGUGUGUUCUAUCCCUUUGAAGUCUGUGGGAAUGUAGGUGGGUUUAAAAAAAAAGUCUUUCCUGUGAUCCUUUCAUCAUGGGAUCCUUUUAAAUAAAGAUGCACUGUUUCCUGAGGCUGGAGAUUUGUGAAACCACACAGUUACUGCUUGUCACUGAGAUAUCCAUGAAAAAUUGUCAAAAUCAUGUCAGAGCUUAAAAAGAAAAUUUUGUAACAAUUUAGGCUUAGGCAGUCACUCGAAUUGGUGUUCGGAUCUAUUCGAAGGUCAUACAUUUGAAGCUUUGUUGCAUCAACCUCCAGUCCAUGGAGAAGAAAAGCUCCAGAAGGUAAGUUAUCCCAAAAUCAGGUUCCCUUCAGAGGUGCCUUCCUAGUUCUGCUGGUUCAGGCUGUCAAUUUGGACCUCACAACAGGCUGAAUGCAGCCUUGCAAGCAGUCCUGGGAUAUCACUGGCAGUGACUGCAGGCACAGAAUCCAGGAGCAAGGCCUGAAGUGCCUGAAGUCAACAAGAAGAGCAGAACACACUGAGAAAGGUUUCAGUCCAGUGACUCUGAUGAAAUCCUUAUUUGUGCUCUAUGAAAUGCAGGAGGGGGCAUCUGUGCUUGCAGUUUGUGGAGCUGGUCAUCAUGUUUAAUUAGAACGGUUAACAUGAACUUUUUAAAUGCCAGUGCUGUUUGUACAGUUUAAUAAAAUGUUGUGUAUAAUUGGGAAAUGGGCAUUGAAGUGAUUAAAUAGGGACAAAGAAAAGAGAUGCUUAGAAAAGCCAUUAAAAUGACUCUGUGCUGUCUGGGGAACAUUCCCAUGGGGAAUUUCGACCCCUAAAUGCAUAGCAGCAGCAAGCACUUGAACAACUGUAACUACUCCACAAGGCAGUAUCUAAACCAAGCAUUUGGUGCUGUGCAAAGGUAUCCAGGAAGAGAGUGAAAUGUUCCUUUUUACUACCAGAAGGUGACACAGCUCUGAAUAGGGUCUGGUAUCUCAGAGGGGUUGCAGAGGAGAUGUGCAGAGGUCAUUAUUAAAAGAGAGUGACUUAGGACAUCUUCCUUUGACACCCGAAUGAGGCUGGGCCAGACAAGUCCUGUGAGGGCCUGAGUGUGUCCAUGACUCUGUUGGAGUCUGGCCAGUCUGAUCCAGACUAGAGACUGCAUUUCUAAGUGUUUGAAUACUGGCAGUAUCUCUGAAGGACUAUUAGGGAUGUUCUCUUUGCAGUGGCACAGCAGUUUGGUCUUGACACCAUUCAGGGACAGCCCAAGAGCAAAGACAAAGGAAGUAGGGUGCUGGUUCACCUCUCAUGGUUAAGUCACAGAAGAGAAGCAGGUUUUAACACCUCUCUGAUCAGAAGGAGGGCUCUCUGCACUCCAGCUGUAGUCCUACAGAACCACAAGUAAGUAUGACUUGUGAAGGAACUCGUUGAGUAACUGCUAGAGCAGGCACAGCAUUAGGAUUAGUGUGAAGCUUUUGAUACAAACCACAAGAAGCACCUGCUUCUCUGCAAGGCAUCUUCAGCUUGAAAACCCAAAAAACCCAUUGAGGAUGGGGGCAGGGAGAUGGGGGGAGGUGGGUACAAGCCACCACAAACAUGCUCACUGUACGUUCCAGCUGUGCCUGUGGGGUGUGAAGGGUGACGUGGAAGCAGCAAACGCUUUCCUGUGGUGACAGUGAUUGGGAGAUAACAGCCAGGGAGGGCUGAAAGCCAAACACCCAUGCAGAAAUGAGCAGCCCAGGUACCCAGAGAUGAUCCUUUGCCUUAGCUGAACCUGGCACCUCCAUUCCCAUCUUAUUUCUCUUUCUUUCUCUUCCCUCUGCCAUAAAAUGUUCAUUUUAUGGCAUAGUAGAUGGGGCUUGACAAGUUUGGUUAUUCGUUUGCUGAAGGCUCAGUCCUGUUCUGGAGCCCCAUGAGAUCACAGUACUACUGCAGGACCACGGUACCAGCAAAUAUCAGGGUUUGACUUCCAGCACCACCUGCUUCAACUCAAGUUUUGGGAGACCCCAGCACCCAAACGUUCCUUCCUCAGUCUUGCUGCCUCGCUUGAUGGAUGUAUGAAUUCCUACUUGUUAGCAUCCACCAAAUCAGGAUGAGUGGGAGACACCUGUAAAUGACAGCCCUGAUUUCAGCAUCUUCCUGCAAAGACUUCCAAGAGGAGGUGGGUUGCUCUCACAGCUCCUCAGCAUUCAGAGAAGACCAAGCUCUGUCCUGCACCCCACCAUGCUCCUUGCAGCCUGUGCUGAAAGACAACUUUGCCCAGCUGUUACAGGACACUCUUACAGUACAGAGGUGUCACCAAAAGUCCCUGUCUGACAACACAACCUUGAAGAGUGGGUCCUGG